GGCUCGUGCGCCGCUAAGCAAGAAGCCUAUCGUCUCAGUGUGUACAGCCUAACGGUGUCUGCGACCAGCGUGCGGAUUUUAACCAGCAUUUCCCCCUCAUUACGUUACUUUGGGAUUUAGGAAAACAGACAUAAAGAAUGCAGCCUGGUAUUAGACCCAGCCCUCUGAGAUAUGCCUGAGCCGUGAGGAUGGGCCAGAGAAGGAAAACACACCGGUGAGGCAAACAGGCCACGCACCUCCACCAAAAACGACCAUAGCUGCACGAGCCGACACCACCAUGCCCCGCCUGCCAUCCUGAUUCUCCUCUCCGACCUCUGCACCCUCCUUCAGUCAAACCAGAGUCACCACACUCCUCCAACGCCAGCAUGGCCGUGCCCUUCCUUUGGAAGCUGUCAUCCCAGAAGCUGGGCUUCUUCCUGGUCAGCUUUGGGUUCAUCUGGGGCAUGAUGCUGUUGCAUUUCACCAUCCAACAGAGAGCCAGCCACGAGAGCAGUGCUGUGCUGCGACAACAGAUCCUGGACCUCAGCAAGCGCUACAUCAAAGCCCUAGCUGAGGAGAACCAGAGUGUCAUGGAUGGGCCUUAUGUGGGCACCAUGACAGCCUAUGACUUGAAGAAGACCCUUGCAGUGCUGCUGGAUAACAUCAUGCUGAGGCUGGGCAAGCUGGAGUCCAAGGUGGAAAACAUCUACAACGGCACAGGGGGCAACCUGACCAACGGCACCAGCACCGCCACACCCAGUGCCGCCAAUGCAGAGAAAGUCAAUGUGGCUGACCUCCUAAACGGUGCCCAGGAGAAGUGCGAGCUGCCGCCUUUGGAUGGAUUUCCUCACUGCGAGGGCAAGCUCAAGUGGAUGAAGGACAUGUGGCGCUCUGAUUCCUGCUAUGCAAACUAUGGCGUUGAUGGAUCCACCUGCUCCUUCUUCAUCUACCUGAGUGAGGUAGAGAACUGGUGUCCCCGCCUGCCCUGGAGGACAAAGACUCUGACUGAAGACACAGACAGGAGAGGACAGACAGAGAUCCGGACCAGUUUUGAGGAGCUUUACCGGGUCAUGUCCAGGCGGGAAGAGUUCCGCUGGAUGAUGCUGAGGAUCAAGCGCAUGGCCGAGCCGUGGGUCAGCGCCAUCCGCUCGCUGGCCGCCAAGCAGAACCUGGCCAAGCGUCAGAGGAAGAAGAUCCUGGUACACCUGGGCCUUUUGACCAAGGAGUCGGGCUUCAAGAUAGCGGAAAACGCCUUCAGCGGUGGCCCACUGGGUGAGCUGGUCCAGUGGAGCGACCUCAUCACUACGCUCUACCUGCUGGGGCACGACGUCCGCAUCUCAGCCUCCCUGGCGGAGCUCAAAGAGAUCAUGCGCAAGGUUAUGGGGAACAAGUCGAGUUGUCCCACUCAGGGUGACAAGGUGGUGGAGCUCAUCUACAUCGACAUUGUGGGCCUAACCCAGUUCAAGAAGACGCUGGGCCCUUCCUGGGUCCACUACCAGUGCAUGUUGAGGGUGCUGGAUUCGUUUGGGACGGAGCCAGAGUUCAACCACGCCCAUUACGCCCAGUCCAAGGGCCACAAGACGCCCUGGGGGAAGUGGAACCUCAACCCCCAGCAGUUCAACACUAUGUUCCCUCACACCCCAGACAACAGUUUCCUCGGCUUCGUGGUGGAGCAGCACCUCAAUGCCAGCGACAUCAAGCACAUCGACGACAUCAAGCGGCAGAACCAGUCGCUGGUCUAUGGCAAGGUGGACAAUUUCUGGAAGGACAAGAAGAAAUACCUGGACAUCAUCCACAGCUAUAUGGAGGUCCACGGCACAGUGCACGGCACCAGCACUGUGCACCUGCCCAGCUAUGUGAAGAACCACGGCAUCCUGAGUGGCCGCGACUUGCAGUUCCUCCUCCGAGAAACCAAGCUGUUUGUGGGUCUGUCCUUCCCCUAUGAGGGUCCCGCCCCCCUGGAGGCCAUAGCCAAUGGCUGCGCAUUCCUCAACCCCAAGUUCAAUCCGCCCAAGAGCAGCAAGAACACCGAUUUCUUCAAGGGCAAGCCCACUCUGAGAGAGCUGACCUCUCAACAUCCCUACGCUGAGGUCUACAUCGGUCAGCCUCAUGUUUGGACCGUGGACAUUGAAAACUCUGCCGAGGUGGAGAGAGCCAUCCGCUCCAUCCUCAGCCAGAAGAUUGAGCCCUACCUGCCCUACGAGUUCACCUGCGAGGGGAUGCUGCAAAGAGUCAAUGCCUUCAUUGAGAACCAGGACUUCUGCCACGGCCAGGUGAUGUGGCCUCCCCUCAGCGCCCUGCAGGUCCGCCUGGCUGAACCCGGCCGCUCCUGCAAGCAGGUCUGUCAGGAGGACCAGCUCAUCUGUGAGCCCUCCUUCUUCCAGCACCUCAACAAGGACAAGGACCUGGCCAGGUUCGGUGUGGACUGUCAGACGGUGGAGUCGAGCGCUGACACGGUGGUGCCGGCCUACAGCGAGACGCGUCACCACUGCAUCUUCCAGUCCGACCUGCUGCUGUUCAGCUGCGCCGGCGCCCACCCGACGCUGCGGCGCAUCUGCCCCUGCCGCGACUACAUGAAGGGCCAGGUGGCACUGUGCAAAGGCUGCUUAUAGCACGGACGCACGGGCUGACGGGCGGGCCGGGGGCCGGAGGGGGAGGAGGAGGAGGAGCGGGCGCCGCCGGGGGUCGGGCUGCAGCCGGGCCGCUUCAGACUGAAAGAGGCGCCGAGUACAAAUCGACGUGUGCACGCGUGUGUGUGUCCAUGGCGUGGACACACACUCGUUCAAAGGACUCCAGGGCCUUGUGGUGGAACUGAUGCACACACACACACACACACACACACACACACACACUCCUGCAACACGCUCCACACCUGCAUCCCGCCCGCUGGCCUCCAGUCUGGGAAGCUGUGUGGACUCACAAACAGACGGAGCCGUGUUUGGAAUCUCGCCGUUUGCUUCGUGCGGCGCGGCCGAGCGCCCGUCAGCCCGCAGGGUCCCGGGACACGCCGCUCUUUGUUGUGCGAGCACCUCGCUGUCGGUCCGCAUGUCAGUGUCGUGUCUGAAUUACUUGAAUCAAAAGAAAAAAGGGAGCCGUCGUAGAUUUAGAGAUCUCAGCCGCCGAGCUCUCUGCUGCCACCGGUGGCCACCGGCGGUACUGCAGCCCAGAGCACUGUGUGUGUCUGUCUCCAGGCUCACGGGACAAAAAGGGACCAAGGAGGCAGCAGACUGAGACUGAGGUGACGCUCCCUGCACCCGCGCCCCCUCCAUCCGCCCCGCUCAGCCACAGGACUCUUUCAUCUUUGAUUUUAGGUAGGUUUGCACUGGACUGGCACGCCCCAAGGCCCGAAUCCCCACUGCACACACACACACACACACACACACACUCACACACAGGCCUACCAGACGGCGGCUGAAGAAGAAACCAGUUUUACACUGUAAGCGUCUCGUCGCUCUCCGCCGGGACGCGGGGGCGGCGAGGGCGGAUCCGUCAUGUAGAUAUCUAGAUUUUUAUUCUGGGAGUUUUAUCGUCGCCUGUAAGUGCUCAUCGCCCCCCCCACACACCACCUCACCCCCACCCCGCCCCUGUAAAAGACAGCCGCAAAACACACCAAACCAGUCACCGCCAUGGUAGCUUUUUCCUUUGAUUUCUCACUUUACGUCGUGCAUUAACUCCACGGGGCGCACAUGGUUUCCGUUUCUGUUGAGGAGGAGCGAGCGUGUGUGCAACAGGCCAGUAAAAGAAUUAUAAGCUUUUUUUUUUUCUUUUCUUUUCUUUUUUUUUUCCAGCCUUAUUUAAUGUUGUGGCACCGUCCUGUACGAGGAGCGCCCCAGGAGGAGACGCCGAGGGGGUUUAGGGCCGGGCUCAGCUCAUCUCGCCAGAUACUCGUCUCCAUCGCUUAUCGAGGCGUUUGUCUUUGUCUGUAUGUUCGCUAGAUAUACAGGAGGCUUUAAAAAAAAAAAAUUAAAAUCGAAAAUAAAAAAAAACAGGUUCACGUACAUUUCCCAUCUGUGCGCCGGUCCUCUCGAGCUGUACUGUAAAGUGGUCGCGACACAACAUCGCCAAACACGCCACACCCCGCCCACUCCCAUCCCCUCCUUUCAGUUGUUUGGAUCAUUCUUAGGAUCUUAAUUUGCCUGCAGAUUUCCCAAGAGAAAAAAAAAAUCUGUUUUAAGAUGGAAAAAAAAGAAAAUUAGUAGUUUUUGUGGUGAAUGGAAAAAAAAACUGCACUAUGUUAAUCUAUUUACAGAGGUUUAACGAGAUGAUAUUAGUAACACUGUAUAUUGUUCAUAUGGGUUUUAAAUUUUUCUUUUUUUAUUUAUUUUGUAUACAAAUCUUUUAUCUCUGUGUUCUGCUGGAAACAAAUCCUUUGUUUUUUAUUUAUAGGAGGGGUGUCUUUUAUUUCCUUUUAUAGAUUUUAUUUAUGGAGAGUAAUUUAAAAAAGAAAAAAAGCAUUUAAAAUAAAUGAGUAAAAGCGAGCGUGCUUUUAUUCGGGCGUACGGCCGACAGGGAAGCGCUUUGUUCCUGCGGAGCCGCCGGCGGUGAUGACAGGAGGGGAGAGAAGAGCAAACCCUGACACAGGUCUCCAACCGGACUGGGAAAAACCAGAGCCCAGAAACAGCUUUUUGUCAUGUCUUCUGAUCCAUGCACAGCAUAACUCAGCCCACGAUCCUGCAAGAAGGUUCCUCUCUUGAGCAAAGACGGAAGAAGUUGCGAUUUUUCCUCUAAAAUCUCUCACUCUGCUUGACAUUCUCUUAUUAAUUGGAACUAUUUGGUCUUAAAAAUGCUUGGAUUUGGGCUUUAAAAGUAAAAUUACAAUGUGCGAUUUGGGCUUCUUUAAAAAAAAAAAAAAAAAAAAAGUGGUUUCUCCCACACUGGGUUUCGUUUUAA